AUGGAGCAGUGCACCAACAUCCAUCGCGUACGCGCCCUCUUGCUGAGCCACCCGCUCGUCUCCACCGCCACGCCGCACAAGGUGGACAAGGCACUUGAUCCCAAGUGCUUCGACGAGGACGGUAGGGCCUGGAAAUAUCACCAGUCCCCUUGGGACUUGUCAGUGACGCUCGCAGCCUCUGGCGCGAAGUUCACCCUCGGGUGGAGCACAAACGGCAUCAAGAAGCCGCUCACGGCGAUGUGGUGGUUGAUGCAAGGGAAGGCCGCGACGGCGGAGAACCUCGCCCGCGCGGAGGCGAUAUUCUUGGACGUCGCCGAGGCCGCCCGCUCGCGGCCGCUCGGCUUCCCUCCUGAGGAGCAGGGGUCCGCGGCCAGUGCGAGCUUUUCCUCUGCCGGCGUCACGCCCCAGCCUCCGGCGGCCACUGCGGCGCCGCCGCCGGCCAGGCCCUUGCCUCUGGCGGCGAUUGCGGCGCCGCCGCCGGCCAGGCCCGCGCCCCCGGCGUCAACUGCGACGCCGGCGACGGCCGAGCCCCAGCCUCUGGCGGGAGACGCGACGCGGCAGCCGGCCCGCGCCAGCGAGCCCGCGCUGCAGAGGCCGCCGGCACCCGGCGAGCCUGCUCCGCAGAGCCCGCCAGCCCCCAGCCAGCACGCGCUGCAGAGCCCGCCAGCCCCGGAGAACGCCUGUCCGGCGGAGCCUUUGGCGGUGGCGCCCGCCGUGGCGCCGGGGGCGUUCGCCGACGCCGAGGCCUACGCGCCGCCGCCGGCGGCGACCGUCGAUGCCGGUGCUGCCGCCGGCGACCAGCCUGCGGACAGCGCCCCGGGCGGCGCCGAGCGCCGCGACCACCUCGAGGAUGACCCGCUGGACGAGGCGAUGCGGAUUUCCGCGCAGGAAUCGGCUGAAGUUCGCGAUCUCGAUUACAGCCCAGAUCGGAAGUCGGACCCUCCCGGAGCCGCAGAGCAGGGCGCGUCGUCGCUCGAGGUCGACCUCACCAUGCACGUGUCCGCCAAGAAACUGCAGCGGCUCACCGAGGACCAGAAGGAGCAGCUUCGGCAGAUUGUGCGCAAGUUCGAUAGGCAGCUGCACUUCGGCGAUUACUGGCAGGGAAGGGCCGGACGCGAUCCCAGCCUCUGGCGGGGUCCUCCUCGGGAGCCAACGGCGACGGCCAGGGCUCGCGAUCAGCAUCGGGCGCUGCUCCUCCACGACCUGCGGGCGCGCGCGGACCUGAUCCCUGACGCCGAAGAGUUCAUCGCGGGAAUCCCUUCCAAGAACGCCGGGCGCUGGGGCGCCAGCGAGGAUGUCGCGACGGCCAUCGCCAGCAGGAAGCUCCACUACAUGUACUUGCUGAUCCACCAGAUGGGGGAGCAGGACCGCCUGGUCUUCAGCGAGGAGUGGCCGGACCUCAGCCCAGCCUCUGGCGGGUGGUGGGUGCUCCAGCAAGAGGACUGGCAGCCGCUCCAGCAGGAAUGGCGGGGGGCCAGGCUUGUGCGCACAGAGUGGAAGCCCUUCCUAGCCUCUGGCGGGAGCAUCCUUCAACCUGCCUACUGGCAUUGCCAAUUCGCGCGCAGCUGGGCGACUUACUCGUGGCUCAACUCUCACAAAGGACACUUCGCCAACGAAGACUUGGAGUGGAUCGUGAGAAAGGACGGCGGCGAGACUGGCUUGAUGAGGAGCGACCCAGCCUCUGGCUGGAACUGGCAGAUCCGCACUGGCCCAUUCAUCACGCUUGCCGAACUCUUCUGGUUCGGGAAAGACUUGUGCUCAUGCUACGAUAUCUAUCGCAUUUACCUGAGCCUGCCUGUCUGGAUCCAGAAGCGCAAGCAUCCUGCCUCGCAGAAUGCGCCGGGCACCUUUAAGCGCAACGCGAAAUCGCUUCGCUACCAGGAGACCGGCACGCACGGUUUGCCCACGGCGCCUGGAAAACGCGGGCGGCGGUGA